GUUGAACUCGUGCGACCUGCUGCAAUCGGCCAGGCUGAAAUUUCAUCAUCUUCUUGUUCGUCGAUCAUCCGUCGAUCGUCCGUCGAUCAUCCGUCGAUCGUCCGUCGAUCAUCCGUCGACCGUUCGUCGAUCGUCUCUUCCACUGAUCUUCUCGUCCGUCGAUCGUCUUGUCCGCGAUGGUCCACCGAUCUUCUCUUCCGCGAUCGUUCACCGAUCUUCUGUACCGCCAAUCGUCCGUCGAUCUUCUUUUCCACUGAGCGUCCGUCGAUCCUCUCCUCCAUCGCUGCACUUCUUCUCUUUCGCCGAUCAUCUUCAUCUCCCUCGUCUGUUCUGCUCAAAACGAUCUGUAUCGUUUUCGGGUGAAACCGUGAAGAUAUGAACACCAAAAAUGGACAAAGAAAACUGUACACUUGGCGCUGCUGCUACGCCCAUGUUACCACCGCCUCCUCCUCCCUUUCCAGCUUUCCUCGUCAUCCCGACAAUGUCCACUUUCUUCUUGUUGCAAUCGAAGUCCCAUGCCAUGUUCAUGUUGUCCUUCCCUCCUUGCUUCCUUGCGUUUAAUUUUACCCCGCGUGAAAUUGGUUUGGGUUUGUACCGGCCGGAAAGCUUCAUGUCGGCCGGUAGACUAAAUACUUGGCCGGUUUGACCGAUAAUUGUUCCGGUAGAACACGGUACCGGGAAAAGACCAAAACCGGUACCUGAUUCUUAUUAAUUACCAUGUCGCAACCAAUAAUUCAUGUUUUUCUUU